AUCAGCCUCAAUACUCUCCUCAGUACAUCAUCUACCUUUUAGCGCCAUUGUCAUUUCUCGUUCCCCAGGAAGCCGGAAGGCGAAAAUACACGGACCAUGCUCCUCGCAGCGCCUGCAUUUUUCUCCGUUGCUUCUUCUUCUUCUUCUUCCUCUUCAUGUUCUCUAUGCGCUCCAUUUCACUACGGGCUCCUUCGCAGCUUCAAGCGCCUGAACUCCAAGCCUCGAUCUUCUUGCCUCUGCAGAGCGAGUCUCAUCACCGAUGCGGAUUCUUUCCAGGUCGGCCGACUCAUCGGAAGCUACGGAUUCAUGAACGUCACAAGCUAUACGGGGUUCCAAUCAGCAGAAGAUACAGAAUAUUUGUCAGAUAAUAUGGGGAGAUUGAGAGUUCAAGAUGUGGGGGAAGGCAGUGUAAAGAUCAGGCUUUAUGAAGGAAGAAUAACUCAGGGUCCAUUUAGAGGGACUCCAGUUAUCUUUAAGGUGUAUCCUGGACAGCGAGCAGGUGGUGCUGAGGCUGAUAUGAUGGCUGCAAAUGAGCUGAAUGCGCAUGCUUUCCUUCAAAGCAGUUCAAAAGAUCCUUGUCAGAAUCUCCUGGUACUCCUUGGUGGUUUUGAGACAAAAACUGGAGAGCAGUGGCUUGCUUUUCGCGAUGGUGGGAAAUAUAGUGCUGCUGACUAUGCAAAGGUCAUGAGUGAAAAGCUGUCAAGAGCGCGUCCCGGGGGAGAACAGCAGUUUUGGAAUCCUUUUGAACAUGAGCAAACAAUAAAGUAUAGAAGAUAUUUUGUUAUUAAGUUGCUUCAAGGUGCUUUGAGUGGUCUAGCCUACAUGCAUGACCAUGACAGGUUGCACCAGAGUCUUGGACCAUCUUCAGUCGUUCUCAACACUAUGGUUGAGAGAGAUGCCACGUACUUGGUUCCACGGCUCCGUGACCUUGCCUUUUCAGUUGAUAUAAGGUACUCAAGCCUGGAAGAAAUUCCUGGAACAUUAUCAGAUGGACUUUGGAGACGAGCAUCUGCUGCUGGUGCCUUCAGUCCCAUGGAGAAAAGAGCCUUUGGAAUAUCUGAUGACAUUUAUGAAGCAGGUCUCCUCCUUGCAUACUUGGCUUUUGUCCCAUUCUGUGAAGCCGGCAUCAUGGAUGGCCUUUCUUUACAAAGGCUUCUUGAAAGCACUUUUAAACUUGAUCUUGAAGCUGCAAGAGAGUAUUGUUUGGCAGAUGAUCGCUUGUCUGAAGCUGUGAAGUUUCUGGAUCUUGGUGAUGGUGCUGGCUGGGAGUUACUGCAGGCAAUGCUGAACCCUGACCAUCGGAAGCGGCCGAUUGCAGAAGCUGUACUCAACCAUCGAUUCAUAACUGGUACCAUUCUUUGAGCUCUGUGGUGGAUUGAAGGCAUGAGUAAUUUUAAGGCACUAUUACUCCAAUGCAAUUUUGUAGGCAUGAAUGAAUGACUGGUGAACAUUAGACCUGUCAUUUGUGUUAUCACUUGUGGGAGCAAGAGACUCAAAAUUGUGAAAUUAUCUUGUUAAUGUAUGGAUGUGUCCCAAGUUAACGAUUGAAGAAA